AUGGCAUACGACAAAGCACCCAGCACCGUUGGGAACCCAUCGAGCCCCGCAGGAGGGAACUCAUCUCCGAUAUCCAAAGACGACGCAGCACAACGCCGAUUACUGGCAGCACUCAGGGCAGCAGAUAUAAUCAAUGGCCGACUAAACAAGAUCAUGUCCUCGGCGGGCGGCCAAGAGCGAGUCUUCGCAUUUGUCCAAUACACAUCCCACAUCCUGCACCACAUUCUCGCCUCAGCCCCCUGGAUUACCCUCCAAACGCGCUUAGGUCUCCUUGCCCGCCUCCGGGCCAUCUCCAAAGCAACUUCACAAUCAACACCACAAACCUCGCCACUUCUCGCCCUCUCCUCGCUCAUGUCCGAAGCCCGCUACAUGCUGCGCCUUCUCGGCCUCUUCCCCCUCCUCGCUUGGGGCGCCGACACACUCAAGUCCCCGCCCUCCGACUCCAUCUUGCACGUCCUCACGAUUCUACAGGUCAUCUCGAACCUCAUCUACCAAAGUCUUGAAAACGUUGCGUUUCUCUCAAGGAAGGGCGUUAUCUCGAAACGCUUCAUCAACCGCUGGGGCGGGGCCGGGAAGUGGGAUCUCUGGAGUACGAGGGCGUGGUUCGGGCACAUCUUCCUGCAGUACUUUGUGCUGUGGCGCAAGCGGGAGUUGAUGAAGAAGGCCGAGGCCAAGGGCGCUUCGAAGGAGAAACAGGCUGCGCUGAGCGCAGAUGUUCGGGCUUGGAAGAAGAGUCUCGUUAACAAUGCUUGCUGGACGCCGUUGUGUCUGCACUGGAGUGUGGAGAAGGGGAUUGGAUUCCCUGGUCAUUUGACUGGAUUCGUGAGCUUCCUGGCGGGGGCUUGGGGAUUCUAUGAUAUCUGGACAGCUACUGCCUAG